AUUGAAACUACUACGCUGUGCCACAUAUGGGCAUACACAACUCGAUGAUGGUCUACAGGGAUGCGUCGUUUGCCCAGGGGUAUUGCUCCUUCGCAAGGGCUCAGUGAUUUAGCCAUUUUCUUAUCCGCUACAAAUGCCCCUACAAUUCUGGGUUGCGCCAACUUCGAGAUUUCACAUUCUCUUCAGAAACCCCGUCCCUUUCUUACAAGCUCGAAAUGUAGCGUGCCAUUGCACGGUAUGAUGAAAAUAAACCUAGUGGAACAUCGAUUCGUAGAAUCAAGCAAUACGUGAAAGGUUUCGGUGGCCAGGGUCACCGCAAGUAU